AUGUCGAAACUUAAUCGUAAAAGUGCUAGCAGCUUUCAAGUGUAUCGCCAUGUGAAUUCCAGCAGUAGUGAGAGUUCCACGAGUGAUGGAACGUCAGACAAUUCAGAUCCGCCGCUAAAAAGAUUUAACCGACUCCUCCGUUCGUCUGUCGCGAGGCACUGGUCGUUCUUCAGGCGCCAGCAACCGAGUCUACGCAACAGAGGCAGAUCAGUGUCGGACGCAGGGCUUUGCUCUAUUGUUGAUAAUGAUCUGGCAUACUUGGACAUCCCGAUGGUGUCACAGCGUCGAUCAUUGCAAGUUAUCGUACCUGAACUAUCGAUCACGUCGGCGGGUGGAUCUAGCAACGCGGCCGCGCUAGAGGAGGCGAGUGACGGCAGCGACGCGGAACGCUCGCGUCGACACUUGCGCGUGCCCACCCCCACAUACUUGGGACAG